CCGGCUCCUUCCUUCCCACCCUCCUUCCCUUUCCCUUCCCCCCUCCCGGCGGCGGCUCCGGAGCCGGGCGCGGCUGGCGGGCGGCGCGGGAUCAUGGCGGACGGCGUGGACCACAUCGACAUCUACGCCGAUGUGGGCGAGGAAUUCAACCAGGAAGCUGAAUAUGGUGGACAUGAUCAGAUUGAUUUAUACGAUGAUGUAAUUUCUCCAUCUGCAAAUAAUGGAGAUGCUCCAGAAGAUCGUGAUUACAUGGAUUCUCUCCCACCGUCUGUUGGGGAUGAUGUAGGUAAAGGAGCUGCACCGAAUGUUGUCUAUACAUAUACUGGAAAGAGAAUUGCCUUGUACAUUGGAAAUCUUACUUGGUGGACAACAGAUGAAGACUUGACUGAAGCAGUUCAUUCUCUGGGGGUCAAUGAUAUUUUGGAGAUAAAAUUUUUUGAAAAUCGUGCUAAUGGCCAAUCAAAAGGGUUUGCCCUUGUGGGUGUGGGAUCAGAAGCAUCCUCUAAAAAGUUGAUGGAUUUGUUGCCUAAAAGAGAAUUGCACGGGCAGAAUCCUGUUGUAACUCCGUGUAAUAAACAAUUUCUGAGUCAAUUCGAAAUGCAGUCAAGGAAAACCACACAGUCUGGUCAGAUGUCUGGGGAAGGUAAAGCUGGGCCCCCAGGAGGAAGCUCAAGAGCAGCAUUUCCACCUAGUAAUAGAGGACGAGGCCGUUUUCCAGGUGCCAUUCCAGGUGGAGACAGAUUCCCUGGACCAGCAGGGCCAGGAGGGCCACCACCACCUUUCCCAGCUGGACAAACUCCCCCACGUCCACCUUUAGGUCCUCCUGGCCCACCAGGCCCUCCAGGCCCUCCACCUCCUGGUCAGGUCCUCCCACCUCCAUUAGCUGGACCUCCUAAUCGUGGUGAUCGUCCACCACCACCAGUUCUGUUUCCAGGACAGCCUUUUGGUCAGCCUCCACUUGGGCCACUUCCUCCAGGCCCUCCACCACCAGUUCCAGGCUAUGGGCCACCACCAGGUCCACCACCACCUCAGCAGGGUCCACCUCCACCUCCGGGUCCAUUUCCCCCUCGUCCACCUGGCCCUCUUGGGCCACCCCUGACUCUUGCUCCUCCUCCACAUCUCCCUGGGCCACCUCCAGGUGCUCCACCACCUGCACCACAUGUGAAUCCAGCUUUCUUCCCCCCACCUGCCAAUAGUGGCAUACCUACUUCAGACAGCCGUGGUCCACCUCCAACAGAUCCGUAUGGCCGACCUCCACCAUAUGACAGAGGUGACUAUGGGCCACCUGGAAGGCGUUUCACUGGAAAUAACAUGUCCAUAAGAGAAAAAUUACAUAUUCCAUUCUAUGGGAGGCACACGAAAAAUAAUACUCAAAACUCAGGGAGAGAAAUGGAUGCUGCAAGGGCGCCUCUAAGUGAAGCAGAAUUUGAAGAAAUCAUGAAUAGAAAUAGGGCCAUCUCAAGCAGUGCCAUUUCAAGAGCUGUAUCGGAUGCCAGUGCUGGGGACUAUGGAAGUGCCAUAGAGACCCUGGUAACGGCAAUUUCCUUAAUUAAACAGUCCAAAGUAUCAGCAGAUGAUCGCUGUAAAGUACUUAUUAGCUCUCUUCAGGACUGCCUUCAUGGAAUUGAGUCCAAGUCUUACGGUUCUGGAUCCAGAAGACGUGAGCGAUCCAGAGAGAGGGACCACAGUAGGUCACGAGAAAAAAGUAGGCGCCACAAAUCACGUAGUAGAGAUCGCCAUGAUGACUAUUACCGGGAAAGAAGCCGUGAAAGAGAGAGACAUCGUGAUCGUGACAGAGAUCGUGACAGAGAACGAGACAGAGAGAGAGAAUAUCGUCAUCGUUAAAGAAGCUGAAGGAAGAGGAACAGCGUGCAAGACAAGAUACACUCUUCAAGGAAAGAUGCUUGUCCAGCAGUUUGCUUCAUGUGAUUGAACUGAGCCUGUAAGGAUUCAUGGAUAAAAUGAACAGGAAUAGAUCUGAAUAAAGCAAAUCUGCAUACAUGGUAACCAGUAGCUCUUUUACUUUUUUACGUUGCUUAACUGUUUUAUUUGAGGGAAACCUGUGUGAUUUAAACCUUAUAGCUUUUGCAACUUUAUUACUGGUUAUAUACAUUUGGCAAUUAUAAUGUGCAAGCAAUUGGAAAAAGUUAAGUAAAUGCUUGUUUUUAUAGUAGUUUGUUCAUGUUAAACUGUUCAUAUGACAAUGUCUGUACACAGCACCACUUUGAUUACAGUAGCUGUAGUGUUGUAAUAAACUGUUUAAUGGG